CUUGCACAGACAAAGAACUGAGGAAUCUCGCGUCGCGACUAAAAGACUGGUUCGGUGCUCUUCACGAGGACGCGAAUCGUGUCAUCAAACCGACAAGCUCGGAGACAGCACAAGGCAGGUUUGACACCAGCAUACUACCGAUCUGUAAGGAUUCCUUAGGCUGGAUGUUCAACAAGCUUGACAUGAACUAUGACCUGCUGCUGGAUCCCUCAGAGAUCAGUGCCAUUUACCUGGAUAAGUAUGAGCCAUGUGUCAAGCCGCUCUUCAACUCUUGUGACUCCUUCAAAGACGGAAAGCUUUCGAACAACGAGUGGUGCUACUGCUUCCAGAAGCCCGGCGGUCUUCCUUGCCAGAAUGAAAUGAAUAGAAUUCAAAAGCUAAGUAGAGGGAAGAGUCUGUUGGGUGCUUUCAUCCCACGGUGCAAUGAAGAAGGUUAUUACAAAGCCACUCAGUGCCAUGGCAGCACAGGGCAGUGCUGGUGUGUUGAUAAGUACGGGAAUGAGAUAGCCGGCUCAAGAAAGCAAGGGACGGUUAGUUGUGAAGAAGAGCAAGAAACCUCAGGGGAUUUUGGCAGUGGUGGAUCUGUUGUAUUGUUGGAUGAUUUGGAAGAGGAACCUGAAGCAGCAAAAAAAGACAAAGAAGGGAAACUGAAGAUUCAUGUAAGAGCAGCUAAUGAAGAUGAUGAAGAUGAAGACGAUGAUAAGGAUGAUGAAAUUGGUUAUAUAUGGUAGUGCCCAUCAUAAUGAGGACUCACGUUUUGCACAAUAUUGCAAGUCACAUCAUAUCUCUGCAAUUGUAUCUGAGAGUACCUGGCACAAAUAUUCCCUCUCUACUGAGUUUAAUUUUGUAUAGUCUAUUUAAUUUGGAAGACAACUUUUUUUCCGAGCGAGGACUGUUUGGAAUACAGCUUUUGUUCAGUUGGUUUGGGGGAUUUUUGUUCUAUCCACAGGGCAAUGAAUUUUGUUUCACAAACAUUUCAUGUCUUAAUCCUCACUUGCACAGCCUAAGAAAUAUA